AUGAGGGAAAUCGUUCACGUUCAGGGUGGCCAAUGCGGCAACCAGAUUGGCGCCAAGUUCUGGGAGGUUAUUUCCGAUGAACACGGCAUAGCCCCGACUGGCACAUACAAAGGAGACAGUGAUCUUCAGCUCGAGCGCAUCUCUGUUUUCUACAAUGAAGCGACGGGUGGCCGCUACGUCCCCAGAGCCGUUCUUAUGGACCUGGAGCCCGGAACAAUGGACUCUGUCCGCUCAGGGCCUUUUGGUCAGCUGUUCCGCCCGGACAAUUUUGUCUUUGGCCAGACUGGAGCAGGGAACAAUUGGGCGAAGGGUCACUACACGGAGGGUGCGGAGCUUAUCGACUCUGUGCUAGACGUCGUGCGGAAAGAGGCGGAGGGUUGUGAUUGUCUCCAGGGAUUCCAAGUUACCCAUUCGCUCGGUGGUGGUACGGGAAGUGGCAUGGGAACACUGUUGAUUAGCAAGGUUCGCGAGGAAUAUCCUGAUAGGAUCAUGGAAACCUUUUCGGUCUUCCCAUCCCCAAAGGUGUCGGAUACAGUUGUCGAACCGUACAAUGCUACGCUUUCAGUGCACCAGCUUGUUGAGAACGCCGACGAAGUCCAGGUGAUUGACAACGAGGCUUUGUACGAUAUUUGCUUCCGGACUCUGAAGCUCACCACGCCCACGUAUGGUGAUCUAAACCACCUUGUUAGCGCAGCAAUGUCCGGAGUCACCUGCUCUCUUCGGUUCCCUGGUCAACUGAACUCUGAUCUGAGGAAAUUGGCGGUCAACCUGGUACCCUUCCCUCGUCUGCACUUCUUCCUUAUUGGCUUCGCACCGUUGACCAGCCGUGGCUCGCAGCAGUAUCGCGCACUCACUGUUCCGGAACUAACACAGCAAAUGUUUGAUGCGAAAAACAUGAUGUGUGCAUCCGAUCCCCGCCACGGUCGCUAUCUCACAGCAUGUGCACUGUUCCGUGGCCGCAUGAGCACCAAGGAGGUCGACGAGCAAAUGCUUAAUGUCCAAAACAAGAACUCUUCUUACUUCGUUGAAUGGAUCCCCAACAACAUGAAGUCUGGCGUGUGCGACAUUCCUCCAAAGGGUCUGAAGAUGUCUGUCACCUUUGUUGGUAACUCCACUGCCAUUCAGGAGAUGUUCAAACGCGUGUCUGAGCAGUUCACGGCCAUGUUCCGGCGCAAAGCUUUCCUCCAUUGGUACACUGGCGAGGGUAUGGACGAGAUGGAGUUCACCGAAGCCGAGUCCAAUAUGAAUGAUCUUGUUUCUGAAUACCAGCAAUACCAGGAUGCAACCGCUGAGGAGGAGGGAGAGUUUGACGAGGAAGAGGGCGCAAUGGAUGCAGAGGGAGCGGCGUAG